AUGAAUGUCAUCUGGUGGAACCGACUUCGAAUCUCUUCAUCCAACACUUUCACCCGAAAUGGAAGUAAGCCCAACAAUAAUGAAACAAGAGAUUGCUCGAAACCCAACUUUUCUUCGCAUAGAAUAGGAUUGAAUAGGGUCGCAGAGCGCUGCACCGAGGACCCAUUCUCACAAAUCUACAACCAAGGCAACCCCUUCAUGGCGGCCGGUGGAACCAACUUACGAAUCCCUUCCAAUCGCCUCUUCACCAACGAAAUAAAAGUCAUCCGGAUCUCGACAAUGGGUCAUAUUUCUCAGCCCGGUUGGAGUCGACUGCCGUUUCAACCUCGUCUAUGUCUUAUCAACACCCUAAACGCGGGACUCGAACCCUGA